AUGGAAAAGUUCUUACUUGAUCUUCCGGACGGUGGCACCAUCUCAGGACGAGUCUACAUACCCUCAAGUGCAAAAGAGUCUACUUAUGUGCCGCUCCUUAUUUGUAUACCAGGUGGUAGCUAUAAUUCCGAAUACUUUCAUGUUGAUCCUGGCCAUUCCAUUUUUAGACUCUGCCCAUACCUUGGAAUACCCGUUAUCUCUUUAGACAGGCCUGGCUAUGGUAGCAGCAAGAGCCCCGCCGCGGUCGGGGAAAACGAGACCUAUGCCGAAGUGCAGGGUCGCUAUCUCAACUCUACCAUCCUGCCUACACUAUGGAGUAGUUUUGCAGAUCAGGCAAAUGCAACUGCCAUUAUUCUAUCGGCACACUCUAUUGGAGGAAUGAUGGCCAUCAUCGCGGCUGGCUCUCAUCACGCAGACCAUAACUACCCACUAGCCGGGCUUAUCGUCUCGGGCAUCGGGUCUGAGAUGGUCGAAGGUCCUAGGAUGGCCAUGAUACAGUUAGUAGCCGACUCGGAUGGGUUGGUCCACUUCAACACCCAAGCAAAGGAUGCAAUCAUGCUGCAAUGGCCCCUCAGGAACUUGGUGACGUCGGACAUGUACAAACAUACAGAGAGGCUCAACAAACCAAUUCCACGGGAUGAGUUACGGGACAUAAAUACGACGUGGCUGAGCUACUGGCGAAAAUAUGCGCACAGAGUUGCUGUGCCAAUUAUGCAUGGCUUGGCCGAAUACGACGGUCUGUGGACCAGUUCAAGGGAGGCCAUUGAAAACUUCGGGAGGGCUUUCGCAAGAAGUCCGAAGGUUAGCUGCGAGAUGAUACCAAAAGCGCCGCAUUGCAUUGAACACAGUUUUCAGAGUAAGGCCUGGUAUCUCAAGUGUUGCGGAUUCGCUUUGGAAUGUGUUGUCUGGCAUGGUUUGGAUAUUGACGCGAAACAGAAAGGCGAACUUGGUAACGGGGCCGCUUAG